AGUGGAUUCACUGCCCCAAAUAAGCCAGUGUACCGUAGGGACAUGUAGGUAGGCAAGGUAUCAUCACCACAACCACAAACUUCAAACGCCAGUGAACACAAGCCGACAUCCAUUCAAUCGCUCAUUUUCUCUCAGCGAGACAGAUCAGGAAUACAAUAGAGUCCAUUCGUCUCUUCUCUUGAAUUUAGAUUCCAAUCGACUGAGUUGGUUGUGACAGACAGCUGAACUAGAAUCAUGGCCUCAUCUGCCAAUAAGCCAUACCCUCCGGCAGCGAGCAUUGACGAGGAUGAUGAUGAUCUCAUAGAUCCCGAUGAUGCCGAGCUGAACGACUUCGACGACCCACUCAACAACCAAGCCACAUCCUCCCGCGCUCCGCUGACCGGCAACAUCGGCAGCAGCACAACAAGCGGCGGUGCUGCAGCGUCGUCAUCGAGUUCGCGCCGCCCUCUCAACGAAAACUACCUCACCUCCCGCAUCGGCGGCGAGGACAGGGCGGCAGCCCAAAACACCAUCGACGAGACCGUGUGGGACACGCUGCGCCGGGACCUGCUCGCGGUCUGGAGCAAGAUGCGCGAGGUCCUGUACCCGCGCUACCUCUUUGGCGGCACCAUGUUCGAGUCCUCCGAGGGCAUCCGCGGCGCCUACGCCAACAUGCGCUCCGCCGGCAUCUCGGGCACCCGCGAGGAGCUGGCCGGCCUGGCCGGUCGCGUCAUGGACCCCGAGAACCUGCUCAACCAGAGCAACAUGACUCCCGGCCUGAGGGACUGGGACCUCUGGGGACCUCUGAUAUUUUGUCUGCUCCUGAGUUUGUUGCUGAGCUUCAAUGCCAGCGCGAGUCAGAAGGACCUGGUGUUCAGUGGCGUGUUUGCCAUGGUCUGGAUCGGGGAGGCUGUCGUUACGUUGCAGAUCAAACUUUUGGGAGGCAAUAUCUCAUUUGCACAAAGCGUAUGCAUCAUUGGCUACACGUUGUUCCCGCUCGUCAUCGCCUCUCUCCUUUCGGCAUUCAACCUCUACUGGAUUGCCCGGAUCCCCGUCUAUCUGGUGCUCAUCGGCUGGGCUAUGGCGGCCGGCGUCAGCAUCCUCGGUGGCAGCGGCGUCGUCAAUAACAGAGUCGGCCUUGCUGUCUAUCCAUUGUUCGUCUUUUACCUGGGACUGGGAUGUCUCUGCUUCAUCAGCUACCCGUCAUAGCCGCACCAAAAGUGUUGUUAUUGGUUGGCGGUGGUCUAUACCCUCCAGCUGGGACUUUGAUGAGAAGGAUGGCGGGUACGAUUUAACAUGCCGGCGGAUUAAGCCGUGUACGAUAUCUGUUUUUGUUUCUGCCCAUAGAGAUUUUGUGCCAAAAGAAAUGGAGACAGUGCGUGGCCAGAAAAUACCAGAGCAUCGUGUCGUGUUGUACUUUGUUUUGAAUCUGGAUUUUUUUUUG